AUGAGCGGGAGCGUCUGUACUGUCGGCGGGCCACCGACUUCGUCGAUGCGCUAUUCCGUGACCUCGUUCUCGUGCGAGGGCUGUGCGCCGGAGCGCCCCGUCAGCUUCAGCAGCUCGAACACCACCCACCACCUGGCGACGUCAGUGUCGACGGAGCCGGAGCAUGCGCGUGCACGUCGCUCGCGUGUUUCUCGCCAGCUUUGGCGACUGUGUGGGUGCAUGAAGCUGGGCGCGGCACGUUUGUGGCGGCGCCGCACCGGGUUGCGGAAGCGGCCCGUGUGCCUGCUCAUGGAUAUGGCUCUGUACAUCAGCUGCUUACUCGUGAUGUGGUGGCUGCUGAGAUGGCUCAAGCGCUUGCACCCGCUGUCAGAGGCACAGCUGGUGCGCCGUCUGGGACCGAUCCCCCAUCCGUGGGCCGUGCUGGUGCAGCACGAGGGUGCCGUGAGCCGACUCAACAUUACUUCGCAGCAGAGCUGCCGCAUCGGGUCGAUGUUCUGCAGCCCGCUGCGCAUCAGCGCGGCCUUUCUUCCCUCGUGGACACUGCACGUUGUGGAGAAGGACUGCGCGGACUGCACCGACCGACAGACGCACGACAGCGCUGUGGAGGGCGUAGAGUUGCAGCCGCGGCACGCCGUGUACGCGACGCCGUUUGCACCGCUGGGUCGUGUCGGGCCGAUGCUGCUGGCGAUGACGAGCGUGACGGACGACGUGAGUGUGCGCACGGAGCUGCCGCAGUGGGAGUGGCUGCGGCACGUGUACGGUGACGGGUUCCCGACCGUGGGCGACGCUGGCGAGGGGGCUGCGCCGCCGCGGACACCGUAUCUUGCCGUGAUGGGGAUCCCAUCGACGGAUCAGCCGGCGCGUGUUGCCCUGCGUGAGGCACAGCGCAGCACGUGGCUGACGUACCAGGAGGUGGCGCGCACGGAGAACCACUUCGACGCCGCGCUGCUGGCGCUGUACGUGUUCGCCGCGGUGGAGCCCAAGGUGGUCGCCCGCGAUGCACCAGAGAGCUCUCCAGCAUCCGCGCGCGACGGCGCGUCAGCCGCGGAGCCGAAGCGAGGGGGCCUGAGUGCGCUGCUGCCGACGACGACGGAGUACAAGGCUGCCACUGAGGCGCUCCUGGCGAGGGCCACGCGGGCCGAGGGCAUGGAUGACGCGGCCGAUGCGAGCGUUGUGCAGCGCCGGAUGGAGCUCCGCCGCGACUGGAACAUUGCUGCUGUGGAGGACACACCGUGUGCGGAGGUGAUCAGCCGCCACGCGACUGUGGGCGCGGAGACGUCUGCGCUGUCGUACCUGAGCGGCGCCCUGUCGCUCCCCGUGACGCCCGCGUUCACGUCGCCGGCGGAGUACAUCUGCCACGCGUCGUCUGCGCUGUGGCGGGAGGCGCUGACGCACCGCAACGUCGUGUGGAUCGACAUGAUGACGGACCGCCGGCCGACCACGAACAAGAAGCUUGGCGACACGAUCAAGUGGGGCCUCCCCGUGGAGGUCGGGAUGAGUCAGAAGCUGAUCCUGUGGCUGGAGUACGCGUACCACGCCUUCAGGGAUGUCCCCUUCAUCAUCAAGGGGGAUGACGACAGUUACAUGAAGGUGCCGCAGUUCCUGAGCGAUGUGCGGUACGUGAUGGGUGGCACGCAAAAGCGUCUGCCGCCGCCGACUGCCGAGGCGCUGAAGGACAGCGCGUACGCCGUGGACGCGAGCACGACGGAGUGCGCGUACUGGGGCAGCAGGCGUAGCAUCGGACGUGUUCCGUUCAACGCCGGUAUGACGUUCAUGGUGCACCGGCUUCUCGCUCAGGUCGUGUUGGCGCCUCGGUCAGGUGGAGCGCAGGCCGAUGUGGUGCUGCUGUCCGUGGCCGACUUCGACGUUGCGUUGUCGGGCCUUUAUCGCUCGAAGUGGAUGACCACGGAGGACAUCCUGUUCGGAGUGCUACUGCGCGCUGGCAUGAAGCGAGCGAAGGCGGUCUGCCCGAACCACCGCGUGUGGUUCGUGAAGGAAGGGCGGGCUCGGUUCCACGACAUGCACCGCGGCAAGGUGCACGACGUGACGUGGUCGACGGUCGUGGCGCAUCGCUGCACCCCCGCUGACUAUCAUUACCUGCACCACUUCUUCCAGAAGGAGCUUGGUGCGACGUUGGCAGGGUCAAACCAGAGGGGCCGUGCUGAGAAGAAUGCUGUGGCGCAGGCGGCGGAGUGGGUGGCGGAGAAGCGGCGUUCCACGGGGCCCGCGGUGGUGGGCUGGGACACCUUGCCAGCGGUGAAGUGGGUGCACACGGUGAAGCGGACGCCUGCAUACGACAUGGCGGCGGCGGACGGGGUGCCGGUGUAUCGCAACAAGUACACAAGAGGGUCGAGCAGGCGGCUUGGCAUCGAGCACGAGUUCGUGUCCGUGCCGUAA